GUGUCCCCCAAGGGUCCCUGCAGGAGGAUGCAGAGUAUGAGCUCCGAGUGCAGGAAUCAGUAACAGUGCAGGAGGGUCUGUGUGCAGACGUGCCCUGCUCUUUCUCCUACCCCUGGAGCUGGUGGUCUUUCCCUGGGAUCCCAUAUAUGUACUGGUUCCGGGAUGGGGACAAUAUAUACAAUUCCCAGCCUGUGGCUACAAAUAACCGAAGGAUAAAGGUGAAGACAGAGACCCAGGACCGAUUCCACCUCAUCGGGAACCCCCCGGACAGCAACUGCUCCCUGAGAAUCAAAGAGGCCAGGACGAGCGACCAGGGAGUCUACCAAUUCCGAGUGGAGAGAGAUAACGUGAGAUAUACUUACAGAAAUAAGAAGCUGACCCUGAAGGUGGCAGCCCUGACACAGAAACCGGACAUCCACUUUUUGGAGCCCCUGAGGUCUGGCUUCCCCCAAAACCUGACCUGCAGUCUGCCGGGAUUCUGCGAAGGGGGAAGACCUCUCACCUUCUCCUGGGUAGGGGGUGCUCUGGACCGGCUGGACCCCCAGACCGUGUCCUCCUCAGUGCUGACCCUCACCCCGAGACUGCAGGACCAUGGCAGCAACCUCACCUGUUGGGUGUCCCUGCCAGGAGCUCAGAGCACCGUGGAGAGAACCAUCAGGCUCAAUGUGUCCUACGCUCCACAAUUGAUGACCACCCACAUUUUUUCAGGGAAACUACACAGAUCCGUUCCCUGCACAGCCUAGAAAUCCUUCACAGCCUCAGAGAAGUCAUUCAGGAGGCCAUCUUUCUCAAGUUCUGGGUUAUUCAUUUGUUUCCCCAGCCAGCUGAUUUGUGGAAUAUUGCAACUGUUGCAGAUUUUCCUCUGGUUGCUUGAAUCCUGCUUACUUCCUAGUUAGCUCAUCAAAUUCUUUAUCAGGGACGCCUGGGUGGCUCAGUGGUUGAGCGUCUGCCUUUGGCUCAGGGCAUGAUCCUGGAGUCCUGGGAUUGAGUCCUGCAUCAGGCUCCUCCGCAGG